GCGCCUGCGCGGGAGGGGAGCGGGCCGGGCCGGCCCCGCGCGCAGCCGCCGCCGCCGCCGCCAGGCCGGGCCGCAGAUGGAGCCUCCCCCCGGCGCCGCAGAAGCUUCUAAGCUCAGACAUGUAGAAAAAGAUGUUUUGAUUCCACAAAUAAUGAGGGAUCGAGCCAAGGAGCGGUGUUCAGACAAAGUGCAAGCAUUUACUAAAUGCUGUCAAGAAACUGGCUUUCUUAUGGUGGUGAAGUGUCGGCAAGAGAACACAGCACUGAAAGAUUGUCUGGUUGGCUACUAUUCUGAUCCAUUAUUCUAUGAAGAAUGCAAAACAGAAUAUUUGAAGCAAAGAGAAGACUACAGAGCAACUGGAAUUAAGAAGAAAAGACAUAAGAUAACUUCAAAUGUGUAGUUAAGAUUAACUUUUCAAAUUUUAUAUUCAACUUUAAUUUGACUUGAUUUAAAUAGAUUUAAAUCAGCUGUAUCCCCUUCUGUGUGGAAUUUAACUGAAAUACACAAAAUGAGAUUAAUGGAGAAUAAAAUUAUGUCUGAACUUAACAGGUUUUAUUUUUUAAAAUUUAUUUUCUGUAAUUAAAGAUACAAAGCAUUCUGUCA